AUGCCUUCACAGGAUCCAUUUUACCUCAUCCGCCAGGAAAUUCAAGAUACUGUAAAUGAACUUCAACAGCGUAUGUCCAGAUUUCACGGCUUACAAGCCACCAACCCAGAGCGGAAAAAAAUUGCCCAGAGCGUGGAGGAAGGGUGCAACUCGCUUGCUUGGCAGUUAAAUGAACUGGACACGGCCGUGGAUCGCGCAUCAGAGAAUCCACAGCGUUUCAACUUGACGCCCGAGGAGCUCAGCAGCCGGCGACGAUGGAUCAGCAACACCCGGCGGCAGGUGGAGGGCAUGAAGGACACGUUGCGGACCGCCACUGCUCCCCCGCCACCGGUAUCUGCGGCGGAGACCAAGGCGGUGGCGGCGAAUGACAAGUUCCUGUCCGGACAGUACGAGAACCAGCAGCUGAUGCUCAAGCGGCAAGACCAGGACCUGGAGGACAUCGAGCAGGCGGUGAUUCGGAUCGGGCGGCAGGGCCGGGAAAUCGGCAACGAGUUGGCGGCACAGGACAUUUUGCUGAACGAAUUGGAGCAGGAUGUGGACACGACGCACAGCACGUUGAAGGCGGCGCAAAAGAAGAUGCAGGAGCUCAUCCGCAAGAGCGGCUCCAACACGCAGCUGGUGCUCAUCGUAGUGCUCAUCGUUAUCCUCGUCAUCCUUGCCGUCUUUGCAUUCAUGUAA